AAAGCCUUUCUGGGCGGCAGUUGAAAACAGCUGAUUUGAACCUGUUUGUUUACUAACAAAUUUCUCGACAUGGUGAUGUACCGGUGUCCUCCAAAAUGAUGAAAAUUUGUCGUUUUUGUCUGCUCGAGGACGAAGAAUAUCUUAUACCGGUCGCGGAUGCCUCCGAGCUGGCGAUCGAUAUCGAGGAAGUGGCACUGUUUAGUGGCAUAAGGAUCGACGAUGACAACAAAACGCCCUACGCCAUGUGUCUGGAAUGUACCAACAAGCUGCAAAUUUGUUCCACCUUCCGGAAAACGUGCAUGAGCAACGACGCACAGUUUCGUGAGCUGCGUGCCAUGCUGGAGGCGAGUGCUAGCGAGCCAACCGAAACUGUGGUCGAACUAUCGGACAGCUCGGAGGAUACGUUCGAUUUCGAUGGAUUUGGUGACCACUGCUUACAGUCGAAACCCAGCGAGCCAGUGUGCAGUCGUAGCAACAUCACGGAGCUGUUGCCUGAACCGGACCACAAGCAGAGCGAACCGGUGGUACCGGUCACGAGCGCCAUCAUCGAAGCGAUCGCGAACGAUGAAGCGUUUGCGUACUCGGCCAACUACAUCGAGCAGGGUGAAACGGUGCACGUUGAGGAUGUGAUUCACAGAUCGUUCGUCGACUGGAAUAACAGCCUAAAUCCCAUACCGCCCCGAGUUCAGUACGUGCGCGAGCGCGGCAAGCGAAAGAAGCAUCUGUGCGAAAUCUGUGGCGUAAUAGUGUUCCACAUGCCGUCCCACUAUGAGAAACACCGCGAGCCCUCGUUCGAGUGUUCGCUGUGCCCGGUAAAGACGAAACAUAAGGCGACCAUGGCACAGCACAUCGAACAGGUGCACCUGAAACUGGUUAAAAAGAAGUGCAAAAUAUGCGGCAAAGGCUUCAUUCAUCACAAAACGUACCGGUACCAUAUGCUUACUCACGAGAGCAAAGGGGAAAAGUUCGAAUGCCCGGACUGCGAGAAAACGUUCCCCAAUGCCGUCUAUCUGAGGGAUCAUUUCAAUCGACUUCAUAAUGCGGCUAAGAAACCCAGAAACACCGGUACAGAACGCAAAGUGCGAAGGACACGCAACAGAUCCCGCAUUGCAGAUGAGACAAGCGACACCGAAUAAGUACAAAUGGGUUUUAUUUUUAUUUCUAUGGAGACUUUCAGUUUAUUGGCCUUGUUGUGGUAGCAAUCGAUAGGAGUGAUUUCUUUGAAAUUGUAACCAAAGGUUGCGUUAGCCUAUAUACAGACCAUUUUUCGGAACUGUCCGAUGCACGAGUUCCUGGAUUGCACGUGAGUUGCAGCGUGUGAAAAUACAUUCGAAUUCAAAUGCUCCAAGCGCCACAGAUUAAGCUUAAAUGACUGGAAAAUUAAAUAUCAGUUAAAACCGAUCAAUCAUGUAAGACAGUAGUAUGUAAGUUAGUCUUAAUGUUUGUUUAACCAGAAAUGGCGGACAAAUUUACCCAAUAAACAAACAAUCAACAA